GCGGGGGCGGGAGUAAGGCGAGGCCGCCUGGCGUCCUGAGGCGAGGGCCGUGACAGUGUGCGCCUGCGCGGGGCGCCAUUCCUUUCCCCCCCCACCCCCCCCUCGCCGACCCCAGGCGCUGGGCCUUUGUCUGAUCCGCUUGUCUUGCGAGGCUGCUGCGGCCGCCGUGUCCUUCUCGUCCGGGCGGCCUCCUUUCUGAGAGUCCGAUCCGACGGUGGGGCUCUGUCCCCCUCCCAUUUUCCGUCAUGCGAAUUCCUCUGUGUCGGCACCGCGGUUCGGCGCCGCCCGGCGUACUGGAGCGUCGGCGGAGGGCUGGAACCAGCGCGGCUCCCGGGCGCUGGCUGCCGUGUGGCAGAAUUCCUCUGAUACUCCUCGGAGGAGAGGCGGCCCCCGAGGAGCUGGACGGGUUUCGAAAACCCCGGGCGUUCCUGCUCCGUACGGUCACAAGGGGAGCCGUAAAUGAGCAUUUCUAACGUUCAGUGUAUCUUUGCCUGCCUACAUCAAUCUGCAAGGGAGUUGCAGAAAAGCCUCAUGUUCAUCGAGCCGUGAGUCACAACCAAUUUCUAAGCUGUUAUAACAAAAAAGUGUUUGCUUUUUUUCCACAAGUAACUUUAAAAGUGUAGUUUAGAAAGAAAACAUUUUCAGUAAAAAGACACUACAUUAAUCCUGGAUGCUUGCAAAUCCUGAAAUAUAUUCCUCCUUGACUAUUACACAGCACUGUGUCCUCUACACAGAUUAGCCUUAAAAUUUGUCACAUACCACUUUGCCUUUACUUUUAUGUAUCAUUCCCCUGACUUCCUUACUGCAGGUGUGGGCAAGAAAACUUUUCCUUUAAAACUUUUCAACAGCGGGCUUAAAUUCUGCAGCUGAGUUCUUGAAGAAUGCAGAUGGGUACAGUAUGUGUUGGAGUUCACAGUGUGUAUUGACUAACCUGAUUCCUUUUUGCUUUCUUUGGUAUUGUCUUGUUAAAAGUGACUCCCAGGUGCCAACUCCCUUUGUAAGGGUGGGGAUGAAAGGGGCAUAACAAGAAAAGGUCUAGAGAUAUUUAAGAGUCAGUGAUAGAGCUUGAAAACUUCCCCCUUCCUCUUGCCAGUUUUCGAUAAUAAAACACUGCCUGUUUGACUGCAACAAAAAGAUUAAUAAAUAGCUUUGGUUGGUGGGAAUUGCCAGCUCUAAGUCAUAUGUGGUAGAUUACCUGCUUCUUAGUUCUCAUGCCCACACUGAUUUGGGCUGAUUCCUUUUGGUACUCACUCUUAUUUCUGACUCCUUGAGUUAAUGAUGGAGUUAGAUGUGAUUAAGUGUGCGUCUUCAUAAAAUACUUAGCUUGAAAAAAAUCUGCAUCCCAUUCCAAUUGUCGAUAUCUUUAGAUCAGUUUCUUAGUGUGUGUGUUGGGGAGAAUACAGAAAUACUAGUCUGCAAAUCAUCCGAGUGUAUUGUUUUGCCAGAUAGACUUGUGUAGUUAAUGAGAUACUACUUUAUUUAAAACCACAAAUGAAUUUCAGGAGAUGAAACCAGACAGAGGGUCAAGUUUACAGAUGACCGUGUCUGCAAGAGUCACCUUUUGGAUUGCUGCCCCCAUGACAUCCUUGCCGGGACGCGCAUGGAUUUAGGAGAAUGUACCAAAAUCCACGACUUGGCCCUCCGAGCAGAUUAUGAAAUUGCAAGUAAAGAAAGAGACCUGUUUUUUGAAUUAGAUGCAAUGGAUCACUUAGAGUCCUUCAUUGCAGAGUGUGAUCGGAGAACUGAGCUUGCCAAGAAGAGGCUGGCAGAAACUCAGGAAGAGAUCAGUGCAGAAGUUUCUGCAAAGGCAGAAAAAGUGCAUGAGUUGAAUGAAGAAAUAGGAAAACUCCUUGCUAAAGCAGAGCAGCUAGGAGCUGAAGGAAAUGUGGAUGAAUCUCAGAAGAUUCUCAUGGAAGUGGAGAAAGUUCGUGCAAAGAAAAAAGAAGCAGAGGAAGAAUAUAGAAAUUCUAUGCCUGCAUCCAGUUUUCAGCAGCAAAAGCUUCGUGUCUGUGAGGUUUGUUCGGCUUAUCUUGGUCUCCAUGACAAUGACCGUCGUCUAGCAGACCACUUCGGGGGCAAGUUACACUUGGGGUUCAUUCAGAUCCGAGAGAAGCUUGAUCAGUUGAGGAAAACUGUGGCUGAAAAGCAGGAAAAGAGAAAUCAGGAUCGCUUGCGGAGAAGAGAGGAGAGAGAGCGAGAGGAGCGGCUGAGCAGGAGGUCUGGAUCAAGAACCCGCGAUCGCAGGAGGUCACGAUCUCGGGAUCGGCGACGGAGGCGAUCUAGAUCUACCUCCCGAGAGCGACGAAAGUUUUCCCGUUCCAGGUCCAGAGAUAGACAUCGGCGCCAUCGCAGUCGUUCCCGGAGCCACAGCCGGGGCCACCGCCGGGCUUCCAGGGACCGGAGUACAAAAUACAAGUUCUCCAGGGAGCGCUCAUUGAGAGAGGAAUCCUGGGAGUACGGGCGGAGUGAGCGAGGGCCCACUGACUGGAGGCUGGAGAGCUCCAAUGGCAAGACUGCAUCGCGGAGGUCGGAGGAGAAGGAGGCUGGCGAGAUCUGAACCUGGCUCUGGCACUGUAAAUAGUCUGACAAAUGUUCAGCACAGCCUAAAUUAACCUUUAUAUUUGCUGGAUACAACUCAUCUUUUGUAGUUAAAAUUUCUAUUGUUUGGCCCUAGCUGUGAGUUUCUAGAGUUGUUCAGAGCUGCUCCUGUGUUUGGGGUUAUGUUGUAUAGGAACAAAUAAAUUUGGCAGCUGCCUCAUGACAGCUGUGUUGGGGUAUGUGCUGUCCUCUGCUCUAGAGGCACUUCACUAGGACCUUGCACCUGUGGAGAUAAAGGCUGGUGCUGCCAUUACCUUAGGAAACUGUCCAGAUGUCUGACCACUUUAACUUUAGCAUCCUAUGUGCCAGGGCACUCCAACACAUUUAACUGAGCCAGAUAUUUGUGACUUCUCUGCCUGGCUCACAUGCUGCGUCUCAGCUACUCAAUGUAGACCAUAGAGCAGGCUCUGGGUGUGAGGGGGCGGCCAUACUGCACACUCAUUUCCUUAGGGAGAGCUAUAGCUAUCGCAACCUUAGCUUAGGGGAGCAGUUCCACUUAGAUGGAAAAACGACAUAGAUGGCCCCUAACCCUGCCACUCAGGAGGUCCUUGGGAAAGACUUGCAGCUUAGGUCAGGUGUCUUGGGUGGUUUACUCUCAGGGUAGACUUAUUGUCAACCCCUGAGUAUAUGUUGUUCACAGAGGACCAAUGCCUUAAGACCAAAGUGAAGCCCAAAUGGAAAGGAUAUCUGAAUAGGAGCUUCUUCCCUUCACUUCUCUGGGGAGGGGGGGUUAGAGUUUGUUUUCAGAAGGAGCUUUAGUUGGUUGUGUUAAACAUAAAAGCUUCCCCUCUUCGUGCCAUGCUUGUAAAAGUUUAGGUUGCUGUCUUGAACUGUUGGUUUGAUGGUCACACAUAGGAUCUUGAGAUCUUGUGGGUACUUGCUAUGCUGGUGUGUGAAACAGACUUUACCUUGUCAACUGUCUCCAUACGAAAGAAGGUAGGGUGGAAUAUCUGUGAAGGACCCACUGGGGCUCAGUGCUAUGCACAGGUGCCAUUGUAGGUUUCCUCUCUAGCCCCUUGGCCUUCAGGUGGGAAUCAGUUUAGCUCUGCUCUGCUGUCUUCCUGGAGUAAGACUGUACCUGGUCCCAGGUGAAAAUUUUGACUAGCUGUGGACUCUUACUAGGAACAUUUUGCUUCCUGGACUCUUUGGGAACUUAACCUGGAUAGUUCUCCUCAGAGCCAACAUCAGCAUGUCUGGUUUGGAUCCUUUUCUGUCUGCAUAUAAAUUUGUAUGUGGGGAAACAACUGUUUUGUUUUAUCAUGGUGUAAAGUUACUAAAAACAUUUCUGUGCCCUGACCUUUUGUACCCACAGAGGAUAAUUUCUGGGCUCAUGUGGCAGACUGCAGCUACUGGGGUACAGUAGGCAGACUGUAGAAUCCUUUGGGUGGUCAGGGUCCCUAGAGUUGCAGAAAGGCUGCUUGCUUCAGUCUCUUAUGGAGUACCAAGUUUGUAAGGUUUUUGUUUGUUUGUUUUUUGUGGCUUGUGUGGGGGGAACAACCUUGUCCUGUUAACCAGGCUAUUGAACUUCAGGGCUCAAGAUAUUCGUGUUUCUGUUCCCAAAUAGCUGGCACAGUUGACUGUGCCAACACAUCUGGAUGCUUUGUUUUAUUGCUUUGUUUUGUGAUUGUUGUUGGGUUUUUUGUUUUUCUAGACGGGGUUUAUGUGGAUAUCCUGGAACCUAUUUUACAGAACCAAUUGGCCUCAAACUCAAAGAUCUGCCUACCUCUGUCUCCUGAUGUUUUGUUUUCUUAAUUGGAAUUUUCAUGGAGAAAGGGAACUAGGACAGAUGACCAGAGAUUUGUUGUGUGUGUGUGUGGGGAUGGCUCAGGCCAUUAUGCAAAAAGUUAUGGGAGCUACUAUAUGCAACCAGAGGGCCCCAGGUACUGAUUAGGUUCCAGGCCCAAGAACUUGAAGAACCAGUAGUUUUCAUCCUGACCCUUUGUGAAGCCCAACAACCAAUACCAUCCACAGGCCAGGGCAUAGGAGAGAAGGUGGACGUCCAGCUCAGAAAGAGGAUAUAUGCCCUUCUUGGAUCCUGUUAUUCUUUCCAGGUCCUUGGUGCAUGGGUGAUACCAGUGUAUUGGGUACGGCGGUCCUGUCUUUGGCUGGUGAUUCUAAGCUUCUCAAAUCCACACUGUGUUUUUCCCAUGUCAUAAAAUGUGUGUCAUGCACGUGCUUUGGGGGAUGACUUUACAGGUUUUUUUUCUUGCUCAUACAGGACGUAGAUUACAGGCUCUUGCACUUGUUCAUAUGGGACAUAGUUUGCCUUAUGUUGAGUAAGAACUGAAGGACAUGGAUGUGCAGGACAUAUUCCUAUGCCUGGGACAUAGCAAAUAGGGCAGCAGAUUAAAAUCAGGUUUCUGUGAUGACCAUGAUUGAUUUUUAGGCAGGAAGAAGGCAUUAUCUUCUCUCUGAAAUCAGAUGAAAACAGCCCCUGGUCCCCUUGCCUACAUGAGCAGCACUUGUACUGGGGACCCAAUUUCUAUCCUAGGUGGCCUAUCAAUGAAUUCAGCCCAGCCAAUAUGUAUCUGAAAAAAGUCAGGAGGAUGAAAGUGAAGCAUCCCUAGAGAGUGUCUGACCAAGGCUGCUCCUGCAGUUAGAGAAACUGUGAUACUGUUACUCUCUGAGGGAUAAAAGCUGCAGGUAUUUCCCAGAAUAGCCAAAUAUGGUCUCAAUAUUUGUGACGAAUAACCCUAGGCCUGCCAGGUUAGAGACCUCUUGAAUCUCCUAAUGUCCCAUGGUCAUUUUAACAGGUUAAAAAGACUGAACCUUUAUCAUAUUAACUUGGGGAUCUGUGACCUUGACCCAUGUACUGGAAAGGUAGGCCCUUUGAACUCAGAGUACAUGAGAGAGGAGAUGCAGGAUAUGCCUCCUUCGAGGACACAUCUCCAGUUCAGCAAUACUUGUUUACCUUGAUAGGGACCCCUCCAGCAACAGCAGGGUCAGUCCGCCACUGGUUGUGAGCUUUAUUCUGUAGUUUGGUCUUGGGAUAUAUGAGCUCUGGAUUCCAGAAUUAGCUAUGGACCUGGGAGCUUUAUGUUUCCCUGGGCUCCCAAGCCUUAGAUUUUUCCUACUUGGCAUGCAUUAUUAGAAUACACUGAAUUUUAGUGUGUGUUUUAUCUUUGUCAGUGUCCUCUUGAGUCAUUAAAACACUUCCUAGGGUCUGCUUACUGCUGAAAUGAAAGCAAUUGCUUCUCAGAUAAUUCAGUGGACAGCUGUUGGGUGUUUUGACUCCUAGUACAUGUUCCUUUCAGAACAGUGACAUUUAUGGAAUGCCCGUGAUGUGUUCCGGAGAUGACAGCAAAAUGGAACAAAGCUUUCUAUACAAACCAUCAUCAUAGCCAUUUCUGAUGUGUAUGUCAGUGAUGUUUAUGUAUCCACAGUAUUAGUCAUCAUCACUGUUAGCAAGUUGCAGAAUGUUUUCAUCCAGACAGAAACUCUAGCCCACUCCCAAAACUAUUCAGCUCCUUCCUGAAGCCCCUGGCAAUCUGGAACCUGUUUUCUGUCCCUAUAGUUUGCUUAUUUGGAUAUUUCACAAACUUGGACUCAUGCACUGUAUGGCCUUUGGUGUGUUGGCUUCUGCUCAAGGUUUUUGCAAAACUCAGCAGCAUGAUGUAAUCUCGUUACUUUUAUGGGUAAAAAAAAUUCCAUUCUGAGUGUGAGCUACAUGUUUUUACUCACUCUGAUGGUUAAUAUCAACUUGAUGGGUUUUAGAAUCACCCGGUGAAUGUGUCUGCGAAGGUGUUUCCAGAGGUUUUAGUGAGAAGACCUACCCAGAUAUAGGCUGCAUUAUCCUAUACUCUGGGGUCCAAGACUGAAUAAAAAAGAGGAAAAGAGCUGAGCACCAGCCGUCAUCUCUGCUUCCUGACUGCAGAUGCAGUGUGACCAGCUGCCUUAAGUUCCUGCAACCGUGACUUCCCCACCACACAAGGACUGUACCCUUCUACUGUGAACCAAAAUAAAACUGCU